CACCGACUUAUCUCUUGUUCUUUUUGAUAUUUUUAAGUUCGCUUCUUCUAUUCUGGCUUUCUUUGUUUGUUUUGCUUUCUUUUCUUUUGUUUAAAACAUAUAUUUUAUGAAAUUAUGAUAAAGUUUUUUGUUUUAAUAAAUCUACUACAACUUCUAUCAUCUAUUGAAUGUAAAGUUUACAAGAAAGGCCCGUUGUUGGACAACAAUAUAGAACAGAAGUGGAAUGGAUUGUGGUUCCCAAAACCACCAAAUUACCAUUAUGACGUAGUAGCGGAAAAAGACAAUGUGGCAGAUAAAGAUUCGUGGCAAGGUACUUGGUUUCCCCACGCGCCUGGGAUUUCAGUUGAUACCCAUAGUUCAAAGGAAACUGAUAGAGACACUUGCGAUAAUGGAAAGGAGAACUUGGACAUAGACUUUGAUCCAGAUGACAAACGACACUCCUAUAACUAUCUGUGUUUGGGAAAUCGUACGGAAUUCGAACCAAAUUUCAACACCACAACGGUUCUGAUAGAACAUUUUGUGCCUGUUGCAUAUCAACCUACAGCAAAAUGUUUAAAUGAAACAAUUUCCUAUGGUGAAUCGUUGCCUACAUUCGGUUCAUAUCGUCCAUUGGCACCGAAAUUCGGCAACUACAAAUACUUACCACCUCAACGCUGGCUACGAAGUUUGUCCGAUGGCGGCAUUGUUAUGUUAUAUCACCCAUGUGCCUUUUCUGGUCAAAUUAAACAAUUGCAGAAUAUUUUACAGGGCUGCCUUUAUCGACAUAUUAUUACUCCCUCACAAUUAUUGACACCACAAAGGCCUUUAGCUUUACUGGCAUGGGGUAAAUGCCUACAAAUGUCGGUUGUAGAUGACAAUACAGUGGUGAAUUUUAUUAAGGAAAACGCCAAACUGGGUUUAAGAGGUCAAAGGAAUAAACUGACUAUGGCAAACCCCCUAUAUGACGCAGGACUAUUAUCAGAGUCUCAUUUAGUUACGGAUGAACAAGAUUCCGAAAUAUGUGGCUAUAAAGAUAUGUGAUCAUGUUGUUAGUAAUAUAUUUUUAUAUAUGUAUUUAUGUAUUUAUCGAUUGUUAUUAGAUUGUAUUUGUGUAAUUGAAAUAAAACAGUUAUACUGAAGUGCUACAACUUA